UCUGCAGUGCAGCCGAGCUCAACUGUGUCCAGUUUGUAUUUUUGUUGUCAUUGGUCAACACUACMCAGCUGCCUGCCCAUACUCGUUUUUCAUUGGUCGAAAGGUCUAUCCGUCAACGAGCUUCCGCCUUUUUGUCCGCUUUUGAUUGGCCGGUCCACGUUCCUCCUCCUCAGGUUGUGGGGUCCCCGGUUCGGUUCGUUCGUAGCCACAUUUUAAAACUGGAUCCCUUCCCCUCAUUUCUGCUGACCCAGAAGUCCCCCCACUCCCGGACCGCCCUGUGCUCUGUGUUGAGCCCACACUGUGAGCCUGAAGCGGACUCCUCGGCACGGCGGUGGGCAGCGGGAUGUCGGUAAUCGCUCGGCUGCAGGGCCGAGAAUUCGAGUACCUGAUGAAGAAGAGGUCAGUGACCGUGGGCCGGAACUCCUCUCAGGGCUCGGUGGACGUCAGCAUGGGCCACUCCAGCUUCAUCUCCAGGCGACAUCUGGACAUCUUCACGGCCAGGGAGAGCAGCAGCGGCGCGGGGGGGUUCUACCUGCGGUGCCUCGGUAAAAACGGGGUGUUUGUGGACGGGGUGUUCCAGAGAAGAGGGGCUCCACCUCUGCAGCUCCCCCCAAUGUGUUGUUUCCGCUUCCCUAGCACAAAUAUAAAAAUCACGUUCACUGCCCUGUCUAGCGACAAGAAAGAACCAAGGAACAUGCCAGAAUCACCAGUCAAACCUGUCCAGCCCCAGAUCACCCCGCUGACCAUCAACAUUCCCGACAACAUUGCCCACCUCAUGAGCCCACUGCCGUCACCCACCGGAACCAUUAGUGCUGCAAAUUCAUGUCCAUCAAGUCCACGGGGUGCAGGACUCUCGAACUACAGGACGAGUCGUGUUCUUGCCUCAGAGCUUAUAGGAGACAACUCCCAAUCAGAAAAUGAUAAGGAGGCUUCAGGUGAAGACAGCCCAAAGCUUCCACAGGAUGACUCGAAACCACCCUAUUCAUAUGCACAACUAAUAGUCCAAGCUAUCACAAUGGCUUCAGACAAACAGCUAACACUGAAUGGAAUAUACACUCACAUCACCAAGAACUACCCCUACUACAAAACAGCUGACAAAGGCUGGCAGAACUCAAUUCGUCACAACCUGUCUCUGAACCGGUACUUCAUCAAAGUGGCCAGAUCUCAGGAGGAGCCUGGAAAAGGUUCAUUCUGGAGAAUCGACCCGACCUCAGUGACCAAGCUGGUAGAACAAGCCUUCAGAAAACGCCGGCCCAGGGGGGUACCCUGCUUUCGAACCCCUGUGGGGCCUCUCUCCUCCAGGAGCGCCCCAGCUUCUCCCAACCACACAGGGGCGCUGUCUGCCCAUUCAAGUGGAGUUCAGACCCCAGACAGUUUGUCCAGGGAGGGCUCCCCAGUCCCUAUGGAAUCAGAACCAGCCCCCCCAGCACCUGCUCAGACGCCUGCAGGCCAGUCCAAACUCGCUGUGAUCCAGGAGGCUCGCCUUGCACAGAACUCCCCUGCCUCCCCCCUCAGCAGCCAGCCUGUUCUUAUCGCUGUGCAGCGCCCACUGCCUCAGACAACCAUGAAGCCUGUGACCUUCACCGUGGCCACUCCAGCCAUUGUAACGACGACAGUUAGCCCCGCCCCCGUCAUGCAAACUGUGCACGUCGUUCACCAGAUACCGGCCGUCAGCAUGGCGACCGUUAGCAGUCGGUCUGAUUCAACAGAGAGCCCAGAACAUCAGGGGAAUGGAGGCCGAGACCACCAAGAGUUCAAAGGUCAUUUCAGUGUUUUAUCAUCAGAUGUUGUUGAGACCUCGUCUAGUUUCACACUUUUCUUCUCAGUAACAGUCCGAGCUGAGCCGCUUCCAUCCGUCACUGCUUCGUCCUUAGGUGGAGUCAGCCAUUUCAUCCAGAGCUCCCAGGCUUCUCCACUCACCACCGUCACCAUUCUGCAGCAAGCCCCGCCCCUCGGCCAGCACCAGUUCCCAGUAAAGGCCAUCACACAGAAUGGGACUCAUCUGGUACCAAUCAGUACGGCUGCUGGCUCAGCAGCUAACCCUCUUCAGCUUCUGGCAGCACGUGCCUCAGCCUCGGCCUCCCUCCCAGUGAAGAGGCAGAAUGGAGAACUGCCGGACCAGCCGGAGCUGAAGAGAGUGAAGACAGGGUUGAAGGACGGAGACAUGUGUGCCUCCAACAACACCACCCUGAUGGACAAAACCAACACAGGAGACGACAAGUAGCAGACAAGUCAUCGUCCCAAACAAUCCCAUCAUCCCUGCUCAUGAUCUCCUACAWGGUGCCAAAAGUCCUGCUGAAUGUGCAGGCCCCCCCCCACUGACGGUGAGCCCCUCCACUCUGAACACUUAACCCUCUGAGGAGCCAGGGUUAAGACACGAGCUGUGUUUCCAUCCAAUUUCAAUUCUGAGUCAACCUUGAAAGUAGGAAAAGGAAAAAAAGUGAAUCAGAACCAACUGGCAUGAAGUGAGUCAACCAGGCCACACAAAGUGUAAUUACAUCACACACAUGGCUGUGGUAAACAGGAAGUAAAGUCACAAACUCAGGUCAAAGGAGAGAAGUUGUCAGGAACGUGUUGCUACUGUCAGAAAGUUGUAAUUAUUCUGUCAUAACUGGUUCUGGUGAUGUCACUGCUGUCUGCAGACGUAGAGAAAGAGAUUAGUUUGUCCACGUUACAAGAAAAACUGAGAAGACAGCGGUACUGUUCAGACUGUGAGACCAACCAUAUUCACCACGUCAAACCUGUUUCCAUCUCCCCUUUGGAGCAUUAACUCUUUUUCUUUUGACAAAUCCAAAAACCACCUGAAGCGAGCGUAGAAACUUUUCAUGAAAUGGAAGAAAUUAUUUUUGAAUGGUGCCGUUUUCUUUCACCUUUUCUAACGCAACACUUCAGAAUAACAACAAAUGAUGGAAAUACAGCCAGAGAAGCACAGAAAGGGAGGGAGGAGGAAAAAAAACACCUUUUUGUGUGAGUACACAAGAGUUUGAACUCCCCUCCACACACACACACACACACACACACACACACACACACACACACAGAGGAAAGUUGUGGUAGUGUUACAGUGUAAUACGUUGUGUAUCAGCAGCUGUUUGGACAUGUGGACUUUCCCGCCUUUGGCAGCUAGCCCUUCUGUCCCACAAGACCCGUUUGUGAGUGAAGAGAGGUUCUGUUGUUCCUUUACAAUAAAAACUACAAUAAUAACUACAAUAAUAACUACAUGUUCUCAAACAAACAAUAAAACACGUCAACAUUUAUCAGAUCCUGUUUGUGAACUCUGCUGUGAUUUAAUGAAACACUACAAACUGAUUCCUGCUCACUGAUGCAAAACAAAUGUUUAUCUUUGUCCAUUAGCAAAUGUUUUUGAUAUUUCAUAAAUAUCCUAUAAAUUGAAAAGUAUAUUGCAGUAAGUAUUUGACCUUAUGUGUCCUGCAUGUUGUGGAUGUAGAAAAAACUGAUUUUCAGAAGAUAAAAGUGAAGAAAACCGGAACUGAAUCUGUGUUGUUUGAUUCUGACCAGUUAUGUUUUUUUAUUUUUUUAUUUUGUUUAAUUAACAUCAGCUGUUACUUUGACAGUCUCUUGGCUUAAUUUUCUUAUUUUUAAGAGAAAAUAAUCUAUCAAGAAAUGUAUCAGAUUGUCAUUUGUCUUAUACAAGAAAAAUAAAAGGUCACUUUUUA